AUGGCAGCGUUCGAGUCUCAGGGGGUUCGCAUUGCUGUUGAGGGCUGCGGCCAUGCCAAGCUCAACGCGAUAUACGCCUCGGUCGAACGGUCGGCCCAACAGCGCGGCUGGGAUGGCGUCGAUGUGCUUAUCAUUGGAGGCGAUUUUCAGGCUGUGCGCAAUGCGGCCGACUUGACCGUCAUGUCCUGUCCCGUCAAGUAUCGCGAACUCGGCGACUUUCACGACUACUACGCUGGCAGAAAGAAGGCGCCCUACCUGACCAUCUUCAUCGGCGGCAACCAUGAGGCUGCCUCCCAUGCUUGGGAGCUCUACUACGGCGGCUGGGUUGCUCCCAAUAUCUACUAUCUCGGGGCUGCCAACGUCGUCCGGCUGGGGCCAAUUCGCAUUGCUGGCAUGUCUGGAAUUUGGAGAGGCGUCAACUACCGCAGGCCGCAUCAUGAACGGCUUCCUUUCACCGGCAGCGACGUCAAAUCGUUCUACUCGGUUAGAGAGAUUGAUGUCCGAAAGUUGCUGCUGCUACAGACGCAGGUUGACGUCGGCCUCAGCCACGACUGGCCACGACAGGUCGAGACUCAUGGGGAUCUCAAUGCAUUAUUCAGAAGAAAGCCAUUUCUGAGGCGCGAUUCUAUGGAUGGGUCUCUGGGCAGUGUGGCUGCGGAAUAUGUCAUGGACCGGCUACGACCGCAGUAUUGGUUCUCUGCACAUCACCACGUGAAAUUCGCCGCCCUCAGGAAAUACGACGCAUCAGGUGCAAAGGAGGUUGUUCAGGUGGAUGGCCCCCCUGAAGCGGCGCCUCCCGUCCAAGAUAAUCCUGACGAGAUUGACUUGGACAUGGACGACGAAGAUGUCGAAAAGCCCAACGAUACCACCAAAGAUGUGACUGCAGAAGCUCCAGAGGCUGGAGCUGCAGGAGGAGCCGAGACAACUACGGGCGACGUUCCUGAAGAUUUGAGAGCACAGCUGCCUGCAUCAUUUGCUCGUCCUACAGCAAAGGUGAGACGCACACCAGGUCAACCAGUCCCUCCAGGCAUCGAAAACGGAGAAGUCCGCUUUCUAGCAUUGGACAAGUGUCUACCUGGACGACAUUUCCUUCAGCUAUGCGAGGUUGAGCCGUUUAAAAAGGAGCAACUAUCGCUACAUCCACCGCAAACCUCGGGCCCUCGAUAUCGACUUCAGUACGAUGCUGAGUGGCUAGCCAUCACUCGUGCCUUUCACAAAUUCAACAUUUUUGGUGAUCACACAGCCCAAGUGCCUGAAGAUUUAGGCGAGGAGAACUAUCUCCCCCUGAUUGAAGCAGAGAGAGCAUGGGUUGAAGAGAAUAUCGUGCAAAAGGGGAAGAUGGAUGUGCCGGAAAACUUUGAGAUCACGGCGCCUCCACACGUUCUCGGCACGCCUGAGAUUGUCGAUAACCAGCCCGAGGAGUACACAAACCCGCAGACGACGGCAUUUUGUGAGCUUUUGGGCAUUGACAACCUGUGGGAUGCCAGCCCGGAAGAGAGGAAGGAGAGGAAGGCCAAGGGGCCGCGUCAAGAAGAGGACGUGGGUCGCGGUGGUGGAGGCGGGAGAGGGAGAGGGGGCCAUGCUUUUGGACGGGGAGGGGGAAGGGGUAGAGGAGGCGGAGGAGGAGGAUUCCGUAGGGGCUAG